UAUAGCCAACAUUCAGAUAUAUUAUCCAUGUCAAAGUUUUAUGUUAAACAUUUUAUUCUAGAUUGUUACAAGUCUGUAUUUUCUGUGUGUUUUAAACAAUGAAGUUGUUUCGAACGAAUAAAAGAUAUAAUUUUUUCAGUGCAGUCAACCAUACUUAUAAAUGAAACUGUCUAUGAUAUUUAAAAAAGAUAUCAAACAGGUUGAGUGAUUCAUAAAUAAUAGAUUCUUCAAUAUUGGAAACUGAAAAUGAUUCCUAGUUAGAAAUUAUAAUAAGUAAAAACUAAUUUCAUGCGCAAUAACGUAAAUUGUUCAUCCUAAAUUAAAAAAAUUAAUUCUAGUGAAUAUUGCACCAUUUUAAAGAAUAUCCUGUAAUCAUGAAAGGUAAUAAGAAAAAUCACGAUAAGAAAAGAAAUAUACUUUCUAUAAAACAUAUUACACAGAAAAAUAGUAUAAAUGAACAUAUAAUGAAAGACAAAAAAUAUUUGAAUAUGGCUAUUGCAUUAUCUAAUACCACGCAUUCUAUAAAACACGAAGAAAUACAAUGCAGUAAUAAUAUAAAAAUAUUGCAAAAAAGUUUAUGUAAACCUGUAUCAGUAGUACUUCAAUGUUUAUCUCAAGAGAUUAAAAACUAUUUGUAUACUAUAAAAAAUCAAUAUAAAUCUAAAAUAAGGAUUCAUCCAAGAAAACAUAUAUCAAGGAAACUCAAAGAACAAGAGCUACAACUAAGUAAUGACAUUAGUGAUAUUUUUGAUAUAAAUAAUAAACCUGAAAAUACUUUUUUGAAUUUAAUAAAUAAUGUUUAUGUUAAUGAUGAAUUCGAUAAUGAGGGAAAGAACAGUGACCAAAGAAUAAACAAGAAUGAAGUGCUAAAAAAUGUGCAACCAGUUGUGAUGUUAUCAAAUCAAGUUAUAUUAAAUCAAGUAGAUGAGAAUAAAUUAAAAAGUAGAAAAAAAGUUCAAAAAACACUAAAAUGUGUAUUUUCUCCAGAAAAUAUCAUAGAUAAUAAUAAAUGUAAACAAAAUAAUUGUGCAUAUGAUGAUAUAGAAUCUAUUCAUUCUUUGCCAAAGACAAAUGAUGAACUACCUUCUAUAAAAGAAGCAAAUAAAAAUGAAAAAUGUUUAGAUAAAAGAAAAUAUAAAAGAAAAUAUAUGUCUCAUGAAGAAUCUAAUGAUAUAUCAAAUUCUAUAAAAAAUCAAAGAAAAAGAAAGAAAAAAACUGAAUUAAAUUAUAAAGAUCCUGAAGGAACUAUAGUCUUAAACCAUCUUAAAACAACUAAUAAUACAGUUAUAAUGAGUAACUUACAUCUUCAUGCUCCAUAUCCAAACAUUACUGAUUCAAAAGUAAUAUUAACUAAACUAGAAAAUAUAUAUGAUGAUAAAUAUAUCAUAAACUGGAAAAAGAAGUGUCCACAACAAUUUCUUUUGUUUCAAAAUUCAGAGUCUAUUGAACAACACAAACAUUUUCCUAUAAAUAUAUUAUCUACAAAGACUAUAGAUAAUUCUCACAAAGAUUUUACAAAAGAUAGUGAAAGUAAUAUGAGCACAGAAAUUGAAUUAAAUUCAUGUAUUUUACCAUCAAAGUAUGAACAGCCUAAAAAUCCAAAAGUGAUUUUAGUGAAAUUAGAAGAAUUGGGAAUUUCUCUUAAAGAACAAAAUGUAGUUUCAAAAGUAGAACAUUCAAUAGCACAAUAUAUUGAUUACUCUAAAAUAAAUUUCUUUAAUCAUUCCAGUAAUGUACUUGCUCAUAAUAGUGAAGUUUGUAGUGCAAUUAGUGAAUGUAUUAAUGAAGCUUUAGCAAAAUUGAAUCCUUUUGAAAAAGAAGUAAUGAUCAAAUAUCUUUUAUCCAAACAUGCUAAAUCAAAUGCAUUAACUAUACAAUUAGAACAAAACUCUUCUUCUUCAAAAAGGAUUUUACAGGAUGUAUAUAAUUUAGAAAAAUUUUCAGAGAUAUUUUCAUGUGAAAAGUCUAAUGUAUGGUCAAAAUCAACAGAAAACAUGAAAUAUCCAGAAAUAUGUACAUCAUCAAUAUAUGAAGUAGAAGGAACAUCUAAUUUAUCAAAACUACCACAGAUUAUUCAGGAUGAAAUUAUCUCUCCACAAAGGAUGUUAUUAAAAAUACAUUUACAAAGAUAUCUAGAAAGAUUUUCCAGAAAUUCUUCUCUAGCAGAAGUUAACUCAAUGACUGUGUCAGAUGAAAUAUUAAACAGAAGUUUAAAAUUAAAGGAAAUUCAAAUAUUACCACUACUGAUUACAGGACAGAGUAUUUCUCCAAAAAAAUCUAACGAGACGUUAAAAUUAAUAAGUGCAAUUGAUUAUGAAAAUAUAACAAUUCUACAAAAUAAUGAAAGAACUCUAAUUGAUAAUGACAAACGAAAUGCAUUACAAAAGAAUACAGAUCAAGGAUUAAGCCGUAUAGAAGAUUUGCUACCACAGUUCAUUGUUGAUAAAAGUUCUAGUGUAAACAACAUAACAAAUGAAUCAAUAAUCCCCGUGUUAAAAGAGACUGCUACAGAUGGCAUACCUGUAAAUAAUAAUAGUAUUUCAACUGAAUCAUCAAUAUUAUAUGACGUAAAAAACAGCAUAGAAGAUACUGGUUUAUCAAAUGAAACGUCAAUAAAUAACGAUUCUAGAAAAAUAAUUUCGGUUAGUGAUAUAACAAAAAUAGAUGUUAGUGAUAUAACAAAAAUAGAUGUUAGUGAUAUAAACGUACCAAAAAGUGUGCAAGUAGAAGAAAUUCAAUCAAACAUUAAUACAUCAGAUAAUUCUUUUUUUUAUGAAUGUAUUGCUUGUGGAUCAUUCUUCCCAGAAUUUAAAAUACUUCAAUCACAUCUAAAGAAAUGCUUGAAGAAAGAAAGAAAUAGUGUAAAUGAUAACGAUACGAUAUUUAAUAGAUCUAAACGUGCGAAUUUUUUGGAGACUUCAAAAUGUUGUGAUACACCAGAAUUGAAUUCAUUGAUACACCAGCAAGAAUCUUGUGCUCUUGGUAAUAGUAGUACAGUAUUGUCAACAUUUUUGAUGUUUCCCUCAAUUUCUCCCAUCUCUAAAUCUAAAAUAAAAAAAAUUAAUCAUGAUAUUCGACAAAAGGACAAGCGUGCACGUCGUAAACUAUUACAAUGCAAUAAUAAAAAUACUCGAUGUACUGUCUGUUCAGAAGUAUUUGAUUCAAUGAUAAGUCUCUCAAAACAUAUUUAUGGCCAUACUGAAAAAGAGUUGCAAAAAGCAUAUGAAAUUGCCAAAAGAAAACAGAGAUGGAAAAGUGCAAAUGACAGCGAUAGUGAAAAAAUUGAUAUGAAUACAAUUGAUUCAAGUGAAAAAACACAAACCAGUGAAUCUUCAAGCACAUUACUCAUAGAUAGUACAACGGUUGAAUCAUUGCAGACUGAUCUAGAAAAUAAGAAAGAUGGAAAUACAGCAAAUAAAAUUAUUUCAAUGGAAAAAAUGAGACAAAAUGAAUCGAAAGAAAUAAAAAGUUUUUUGGAUCCAUUGGCAAUAGAAACUAAUAAAUAUGUAUCAAUGAAAAUUUCUACAGCUUGUGAAACAAAAUCAAUUAAAUUGUGUGCGUGUCAUAAAAAUGAAUUUGGAAACAAAACAUCUAUUGAAUUAGUUUUACUUUGUAAUAUUUGUAAUAUUUUAUUUCAAACAAGGGAGUGUUUUGAAGCCCAUUUUGAAAAUGUGGAAACAUAUUUGUGUAAUGCUAAACGAUUAACUAGCAGAGUACCAAAAUUGUAUUGCAGUGUUUGUCAAGUAGUAUUGUAUUCUUUUAUUGGUAUGCGUCAACAUAUGGAAAAUCAUUUAAAAAAUUUUCCAAGUAUCAAACUAUUUUGUCAUGUCUGUAAGGUACGUUUUAUCGGUAUGGGUCCUAUAUUUAAUUUACACUGGUUUAAUCACACAAGAAAUAUUUGUUAUGUAGCUUCACCUGCAAAUUUUCCAAAAAUAUCGAUAGUGGAUCCGACCAGUGAGGAAUGGUCAAUUAUUACUUCAGAUCAAUUCAAGUAUCUUAUAGUGACAGAACACGUUUGCAGUAUUUGUAAUGCACAGUGCUUUUCAAAGAAUCAAUUAAAAUAUCAUAUGUUAUCUUGUACAGAAAGUUCAGUUUCAAAGUUACCUAGCAUAAUAUCUACAAAUAAUCACGAAAAUGAAGAUAUUCAAUCGGAAUUGAACUUGCGUUUGUUUUGUAAUAUUUGCAAUCUCACAUUUUCACAAAAAUCUUUAUAUGAAAAGCAUGUUGCAAGUCACAAAAAUAAUUGGCAAUCAGAAUACAUUUAUUUGUCAGAAACAGAUGUAAAAAGAACGUAUAUUUGUAAUAUUUGUGCGAACAUUUACGAAAACCUAAAGGAAUUCAUGAUACAUUGGCAAGAUCAUAGUAUGGUACAUGAAAGUUUUAUGUGUAAUCAAUGCAAAAAAAGUUUCUUCAAUCUGGAAACAUAUAUAGAACAUUCAAAGCAGUGUAAUAUAUCGAUAAUAAACGUAGAAAACACUUCCUAUCAAGAGAUUUAUCACAAAAUGGAUUUUACUUGUAAGAUUUGUAAUUUAACUUUUGACUCAGACAAAAUUUUAUGUCAACAUACUAGUAUUCAUCAUGAAAAGUUUCCAAAUUUGGAUACAAUUCCCUCAAAUAAUGCAUGCAACGAUUUAAACUUACAAAAAAUUUCUUUGAUAUAUCCGACAAAAUUAGAGCAUGAUUUGAUAGCACCUAUCAUUGUUUCUACUCAUUCAACUGAUGAAAUAACGACGAACAGCACAGCUCCUGUAAACAAGAGUAUAUCUGAAGUACCUGAAAACAACAAUUCUACAAUCAACCAGUCAAUUGAUUCAUUGAAAUUAUUGACAAAUUCUGGAUCAGUAGAAUCUAGUAUUGUUGAUAAAAAUUUAGAAAAUCUUUCAUCAGUCAGCGAUACAGAAAUCGACGACUCGAACGCAACCAAAAUUAAUAAUUUUGUGAGGGACAAUAGACCGUCUGUUCUUAUGAAUAAAUCGGAAAAGGAGGAAAACACAACUGCUAUAAAUAAUAGUUUGGAUAAGUAUGAUGAUAGAAAAGAUUUAAACAACAGAAACACAGUGAUAGUUAAAUCACCUGACUUGAAAAAGAAUGAUGUUCUUGAUAAUCCUCUGCCAUCUGAAAAUAUUGAUAUAAACGAAAAACAAGAUGAUGUUAUACUGAUCGAACCUAAUAUUUUAAAGGAAACCGUAAAACCAAUGACGAGUCUCCAAUCAAAUAAUUCUACCGAAAAGAGUGAAGAGCCGAUACAGACUAAGAAAUAUUUACGCGUAAAGAAUAUUUCAGAAUUGAUGGACCAAAACAUAAAAUACAAUUUUUACAAUAAAAAUGACCAAGAUGGAAAUACCAACAUUCCAACGUCUUCACCUUUGGCCAUGAAUUUGUCAAAUCAAAAACAAACUAAGAAGUUAAAUGUCAAACCACAUAAAAAUAAAAAAUCAUCAAAUGACCAACAGAAAUCUGUAAAGACUACUUCAGGUGCGAAAGUUUAUAAAAUGAUCAUUAUAGAUCACUCACCUACUAAGAAACAAGCGGCUUAUGUUCCUUAUUACGAAUCAGAGAGGCCGAAACAGAGCUUUGUUGUACCACCAGAAUCAGUACAAAAAACAAGGUCAAUACCACAAUCAGCACAAGGAGCAAUGCCAAUACUAGCACUACAAUUAGCACAAAAUACAACUCUAAUAGCAACACCAGAAUCAGCACAAAAAGAAAUACCAACACUAGUACCACAAUUAGCACAAAAAGUAACAUCAACACAAAUACUAGCACUACAAUCAGCACAAAAAGUAACACAAAUGCUAGUACCACAAUCAGCACAAAGAGAAACACCAACAUCACCACUACAAUCAGCACAAAGAGAAACAUUAACACUAGCACCACAAUUAGCACAAAAAGCAAUAUUAAUACCAACACAAACACUAGCACCACAAUCAGCACAAAAACCAACACCAACAUUAGCAUUACAAUCAGCACAAAAAGUAACAUUCACACCACCACCAAAAUCAGCACAAAGAGAAACAUUAACACCAGCAUUACAAUUAGCACAAACAGAAAUACGAAUACCAACACUACAAUCAGAACAAAGAACAACAUCAAUACCGCUAUCAUACUCAAUACGAACACCAACACCAAUGCCAAUAUUACGAUCAGCAUUAUUAACAGUACCAACCCUUAAUGAUUCUUGCACAGCUCCAUCGCAAAUUCCUGAUGCUCAAUAUUCAAAUAUCAAACCAUUUACUACAAAUUCAUGUCCAAUGAAUCCAAAAAUUACCGCUGCUACAUAUGCUCCAUCGAUAAUUAAAGAACCACAAAAUAUGACUCAAAAUCGAAGCAUGUUAAUUGCUCCAUCGUCAUUGGUUUCGACAAAUUCUUCGACUAAUAAUUACAUGAGUAAUACUUAUAUAGCUCAGAGAAAUAACACUGCGUUAAGUAAGACUGCACCUACAUCCAUGAUAUCGAAUUUACAAUCGAUGAAUGAUAUUUCUUACCAAAAUUUAAAGGCAGGACAACCGCAUGAUACUCAUAGUACAAUAAAGCUGCAGAAUGCAGUUCAUAAUAGGUGUAGUAGUAGAUCAACCAAAGUAAUGCCUAUUGUCAGAUCACGGAACAGUGUAAAGUCAUAUAUGAACAAUGGAACCUCUAGUCUUCCAGUGUCAUCUGAUCAAAAUCAUUAUAAUAAUUCUAAUAUCAAGUAUACUUCCAUGAGUGGAGGAAAUUUAACUAUAAUGCAAACGCAAUAUUCUAAGCAAAAUAAUAAUCGGAUAAAUAAUGUAGGUAGUAUACAAAAACAAUCGAAUAGUCCAUUCCAAAUGUCCACUUUCUGUCAGCCAGUUAUUGCGAAUUCCCAUUCUGUGAUGUCCCCUCAACAACCGCUUGUUCAUUAUCAGCCUAACACAAGUGUAGCAAAUUCUCAAUUUGUGCAUUCUUUAUAUAUGUGCCAUUUUUGUCCAAAGGUUUCAUACUUUUCAACGGUACAAGAGUUGGAUUAUCACUUGAAUGUUCAACAUAAUUUUUUCUGUAAUAUUUGUAACGAACGUUUGUACACUUCAAACGAUCUCGAUAUUCAUAAGUUACAGCAUGAUUCAUCGUGGUUUUAAAAUGUGUUUCAAAGUUGAAACUUGAACUAUAUCUUUGCAAAUGCGCGAAAAAAUGAAACAUGGUAUUGUUAUUUAUUAUGUAAUUGUUUAAGUAAUCAUUGGCAUAAUUAACUUUUAAAAUAACGUUACGAUAAAUUUACUUCAUUUUCACCUUGAUAUAAAUUUUAUAAUUGGCGAUAAUUUUUUUUAUUUGUAUAGUUUUUUUAUUUCUUACUUGUAUAGUUUUUCUAUUCUUUGAAAAGAUUUUUAUAUAAUUUAAAUGAAAGUAUUAUCAUUCCUAAAUAAAAGAGAUAUUUUCAUUCCUCUAUCUUAUAUUCAAUCUAUUGUUUAUUCAAUCAAGUUCAUUCAUUUCAUAAAUUUAUAUCAUUUAAUAUUAUUUACUUGAUCUCUAAGGAAUUCUUAAUUGUCUCUUUUUUUUAUGAAUCUCUAAAAAGAUAAAUCUUUAAUGUGAUCUCAAAGAUGUUUUUAUCGAUUUUAUAACCAUAAAUCGAUGGAAAAAGAAUAGAAAAGUAAUUGAACUCUUGUUUCUUUGAAACAGUAUUAUAUAAGUAUAUAUGUAUAGUAUUUAUGUGUAUACAUAUAUAUAUGUAUAAUAUAUAUACAUUAUAUAUAUUAUAUAUAUAAUAUAUAUAUAUAUUAUAUAUAUAUAUAUUGUUAAUAUUUAAUAUAUUUCAUACGAUGUAUAGGAAUGUGUUAGAAUAAAGGUAUAAUAACUUCCAAUUGAUAUCUCUUAAUAUUCUCUCGUAUAUAUAUAUACGAAACUAUUAAUUCUCAAUAAAAAUAUUAUUCGUUAUUUGCGCUAAAUAUCUUUAUUCGGCACUUCGUACGAUUUUCUGUACAGGAGCGAAUCAGGAACUCGAUGCAGCAUCUUUCUUUUUCUUUUCUUUUUCUUUACUUUUUCAAUUCCAAUAAAAAAAGAAUAAAUUUUCAACAUACAAAAAGAUUAUAUUACAAUACAUAUAGUUCGUGGAACGUUAUCGAAUUAUAAUGAUGAAAGUAAAUGGGAUAUAGAUUCAAUGUAAAAUAAGUCAUAAAAAGAAAUUAAAUUUUGCCUUCAUUCGAGUUCUUGGUCACAUUGAUCGUUAGCACAAACUUGCAGAAUAACGAUUACUUCUCUAUGUUAUGUAAAUAAUUUUAUCUUACGAUGGUAAGAAAUGUUUCAUUACUAACAUUUCUAAUCAUUCAUCCACCUUUUUUGUUUUGCGCUUCAUUCAGAUGGUAGCAUUGACCACAUUUAUUUCACAUAUACAUAUUUUCAUCGAUGUAUCGAGAAUAAAUUAAGAUAUAUACCUCUACGUGUGAUCUUAUGUCUAAUUUUAAUCAUAUUUUUAUUUAUUUCUUUUUUUUUCUUUUUAUAUUAACUUUGUGUGUGUGCGUGUGACUGAUCUUUCUUAUUUUGUCGUACGAUCGAAGAGCAAGCUCAAUCGUUUCAGAAAUAACGUCGGGGUUAGUGUUGAACGAAGAAAAGAAAAAAGAAGAAAACUCAUUUUUGUUCAUUCAAUAUUCUUCAACGAUUUCAUAGAUCGAAGCAUUCUCGUUCUUCGUACGGCAUUCAAAUUAAGGCGAGCUUAUUACUAUAUUCGGUUAUUCGAUGUAUCGACCAUUGCGUCGAUAAAUCAUUUCCAACUUUCGAUCAGUAAAUAACUUGAUCCAUUACAUUGGUCGAUUCAACGAAGGCAUCUAAUCGUAAGAGAUAUAAUUUUUUUAUUUUCUUUAAUCUACGCUUUGGCACGUAAUUCACGUAACACAACGUUUUCAUCGUGUGUUAAUAUUGAUUUAUAAAACGAAAGUGUGUGUGUAUCCCUUUCUAGAGAGACAUUAUGAUCCUUAUUUGUAUAUUACAUUUAAACGCUUUUACGAGGUAUUAAAUGUAUAUACAAAUUUGGAAUGGUGUUAGUAAAUACUUAUUAACUAAUAUAUAUAUAUACAUACCAUAUAUAUAUAUAUAUAUAUAUAUAUAUAUAUGUAUUUAUAUAUAUAUGGUAUGUGCAUAUUGAAGCGAUUUAAUUACAAUGUUUUAUUCUUGACGGGAUUUUACAAAUUAUAAUAAUAAAAAUGACGUAGUCUUUUUUGUUUCUUAUUUUUCGUACAAUUGAUUUCGACGACUGUAAAAAUAGGAUUGUUUUUCUAAAAAUGGAAAUGUUUAACUGUUUAAAAGAUAUUUUCGGAUAUAAAAGUUGAAUUCUGAGGUUAGAAAAAAGUGACGCUUCGUAUCUGUUUUUUUGUUGGGCGCGAAUACAAAUUGUUUUAUGUUAGAUGUGUGCUGUGUAUAUAUAUAUAUAUGUAUGUAUAUAUAUACAUACAUAUUCAUAUAUAUAUAUUUAUAUAUAUGUAUGUAUGAACGAGUCAUAUAUGUAUCAUAUAUAUAAAACAAUGUAAUAUAUUUACGUGUAUCAUAUAUAAAACGAACUUCGAGAGAUAUCGUAUGGCGAUAAGAUUUUAAAUAAUAAUAUAAAUUCAUAAAAAUAACAAGUUAUAGAUAAUCGAAGUAAAUAUAAAAAGGAAAGAAUAUAUGUAUAUGUAUGUCAAUCAAAAUGAUUUUUCUUUGCAAAAGAUUUCUGUAUCACAUAUACAUAUGUAAGUAAGCCGAUAUCAUUCGAAGUUUACAGUUUGCAUGUAUCCGUCGACGAAAAUGGUUUUGUAAAAUCAAAUUAUUAAUCAUCCUGAGAGACAUUAGAAAAGCUUAAUUGUCCUCGUGUUAUUCAUUUAUUUCUGUUUUAUUACGUAGCGAUUAUACACGAACCUUUUCGACGACUAUACAUUCUUAAUUCAAUUAUUAUUGUUAUUAUUAUUAUUAUUAUUAUUAUUGUUAUUAUUAUUAUUAUUAAUUAUUAUUAAUUAUUAUUAAUUAUUAUUAAUUAUUAUUAAUUAUUAUUAUUAUUAUUACUGUUAAUAUUAUUAUUAUUUUUUUUAUAGUGUACGGCGAUCGUAUAUCUAAAAUUAAUGUCGACAAUAAUUUGUCGAUAAUAAAAACGACGAAUUACUGACAAAUUUCAUAAAUUACAAAAUAUGUGCGUUCUGACGAGGCAUUAACUUAUAAAAUGAUUGAAAUCAAUGUGAUAACUCAUUUGAAGAAUGAAAUUAGCCGAAUAUGGAUAUAGGUCGUUUCUAUAUGUAUGUAUGUAUGUAUGUAUGUAUGUAUGUAUGUAUGUAUGUAUGUAUGUAUGUAUGUAUGUAUGUAUGUUUGUAUGUGUGUAUGUAUGCAUGUAUGCAUGUAUGUAUGUAUGUGUGUAUGUAUAUAUGUAUGUAUGUAUGUAUGUAUGUAUGUAUGUAUGUAUAUAAUACUUAUAUGUUAUUAAUUAUAAUAUUUAACUACUAAUUUUAUUUUUUUUCCAUUUCCAUUAACGUGUACUUAUAUAUCGUGUAUUGUACUUUUUAUAUCUGUAUGCGUUCUUUUAUAUUGCGUCAUAGAUAAAAGUAGAAAAAUAAUUGGUAAUCCUAGACCAAGUAAUUCAUUUUAAGCUUGUAUAGAAAGUUUUUCUUCUUUUUUUUUUUUUUUU